CAUAAAGAUAUUUCAACUUUACAAAUGGAUUCACAUUUUUUAGAAAUCAAGAAUGCAAACAAUUAUGGCAUAAUGGUGGAUGAAUCAAAAUGUAAUGGAAUCAAAAAUUUUUUAAUUUGUUUUAUAUUCUGGAGUACGAUUCAAAAUAAACCACUUGCAAUAAUGACUCAUCUUAAAGAUAUUGAUAGAUGCGAUGGUAAAUCAGUAUCACAAACUGUACAAAAAACAAUUGAGAAUGCUCAUAUUGAUAUUAAGAAAUGUUUAGUAUGGUUAACAGAUAAUACGGCUUAUAUGUCAGGUAAUCAAAAUGGAGCAAUUGCACUUUUUAACAAAAAAACAAAUUCUGAUAUUAUACGGAUUGGAUGUGGCUUAUACAUAAUGCAUAUUGUUUAUAACAACUUUGAAAAAGCUACUUUUGGAAAAUUAUCAUCCGCUAUUGGUUUUACGCAGGUUGCACACCAUGUAAUAUAUGCUAUCUAG